UUGUUCAGAGCACCAGAGCCAAAACCCCUUCCCAGCCAUGAAAGAUGAGGUAAAGGCAUGAACCCCAAGGACUGUUCCAGGGAGUCCCCCAACCUCAGGAACCCAGGUCCUUCUGCUGACCCUUUCUUCCGUUUGAUGAUAGGAGGGCCUCUACUGAGGCCCCUUGUGGAAGAAGAGGAGCUACGAUGAAUGGUCAGCAAUAGAAGCCAGGGCCGGUGGAGUCAUGCACCCAACUCAAAGGCCUUGGCGCCAGAGCCAGGUAGCCGGGAUCUGAAUAGAGCUUUCUCCCAAAGAGCUGUGGAUCCCUUCACGGGCUCAGGAGAAUCAUUUCAGGCUGCUGAGAGCCCAGGAAGCAGUGGCCUGCCCACCCUGCCCCCACUCCAGCAAGCUCAACGCCGGGGCACCCCUCACCUUCAUAAACAAACACCCAGGGACACAGCCUACCCGCACAAACCUACAAUUAACACAACCACUCUCAGCCGCACAGACACUCCCGCCCAGGUCUGCAGGAAUAAGGAAGGGACUUCCAAUCCUGCCUCUGAGGCCACCAGGUUUGGUCCCUGCCCCUCUCUGGGCCUCAAUUUCUUCACCUGUAAGAUGGCGGAGGUGCAGAGGGCUGGGAAGGGUGCUGAUCUUCAGCGACUGUUUCUACCUCUCGCCUGGAAAGCCGGUCUCCCAGGUACCGGAACCCGCCCCUCCUACAGGUCUGGUCACCGGCCUUCCUAGGGCCAAGAUGAGGCUGGUCUCAGAGCGCCGGGCGGCACAUAGUAGGAUCGCCAGGCGAGGCGGGCACAGAUUCCCGCAGGUAAGGACUCGGCUGGGUUCAGGAAUGUGGAAAUACGACUCGGAGCAGCUACGGCGGCGAGCAGCGAGCGCGGCCCGCCUGGAGCCCGCCCGCCCGGCCGCGCAAGGGGGAGCUCGGCGAGAGGGGGCCGGGCGCAGGGCCCCGGGCGGGCGGGGGCGCGGGCCCCGGACGGAGCCCGAGGCUGCUGCGCCAGCCCCACGGCCCAUCCUGAGCCAGCCGGACGAGUUGUCAAGACAUUACCUACACGGGUGCUUCCAGGGCCACAACCCCAGAUCAGGCAUUGUUACCUGCCCAACAAACUUCGGUGAAAAAUCGUCCCAGCGCCCGACACUGCAGAGCGCAAGCAGAGUCUGGGACUUAAGAUUGGUAGACACACCAGCUCGACCAGCAUUAAAAGUGGUACCAUGACAGAGACUCAGAAAGGCAUUCUUGGAGAGUCCCAAUCUGAGGAUUCUGUCUCACUCUGAAAGCCUGUCCGAUGCGGACGAAAGAUCUGAUUCUUGUUGAACAGCUAAAGCGAGAAGUUAGACUAGACUAAGUGCCUGGUACAUCCUGUGUGUGCCUCGCUUGAUUCUAUCCUGGAUCAAUGGGUGACAGGGACACUGCCUGUCACAGCUAGGUCUGUCCUAGCUCAGCGGACCAGCUAGUAACCAGACACAUGGUGGGAGACCCAAGCCAGGUUUUCAAGCGUCUUCAGUCCUGGACAGCAGCAUCAAAUGGCGCCAUGAAGGCAAGGGGAUGAACUGGGAGAGCGCUCCUCUUUAAAGACUGGCCAACACCCAAUUGCCUGGUGUGGAAAUGAGGAGGGGUAUGAGGGGGCGCUGUCCUCAGCCCGGAACCUCGAGCUCAAAAGCUACCGGCCCUGCCCCUAAUCCUCUCUUAAUCUCUUCAAAUCCUCUGAACUUUUGCCACGACCCGGGAGAGAGAGCCGCUCCUGGACCCCAGGUUCAGAAGCCCGCAGAUGCAGCUGCGCAGAACGUUGUGAGUCGGAGGACUCUUUAGAAAGGAGAAUUUGGACGUCGCAAGAAGGGAGACUAAGGCACAGAUGUCAAACGGUAGUUGCAGUCCCACACCACUGUCCCCUGAAAUCAAAGAACUCUGGACGUCGCACAACUUGGUAGGCAGGUAGCUAGCUGAGCUGGGCCAGGUGGCUGGGAGCGAGCAGAACAGCCUGGGAGCUUGGCAGGUGGAUGCUGCCACCCCGUGGCGAUAGGGGGCGACGCCUGCCGCCAGAGCUGGACUUGAGAUGUUUAGGGAUUCCUUACCUUGCCCUGUAGUCUGGGGGUCAUUCCACCGUCCCCGCCAACUGCCUCUGUCUUAGGGUCUGUUAGUGAGACAAAAUAUUUAUGUGGCUGCAGUGAGGCUGGAAUAGCAACAGCAUCCACGUACCUCUCCCUUCCCCCCACCCCCCCAAAAAAACCAACCAACCAAAACCAAAAAACAAAACCCUA